GAAAUCCCUUCGAUAUGCCGUCCAUUCGUCCGUUGAGUCCCGAGCUCCAGAAAAUAGCCAUCGAAAAGCUGAACGAGGUGCCUGAAAAACUAGAUGAUGACAUUGCCGCUCUGAGGAAUUGGAUCAAACAGCAGCCCCAUCUGAAGGCCCGCACGGAUGAUCAGUUCCUCGUCAACUUCCUGCGAGGCUGCAAAUUCAGUUUGGAGCGAACCAAGGAGAAAAUCGACAGGUUCUACACACUUCGCACCAAGUACCCCGAGUUCUACUUGGGUCACAACGUUGAUGUGGAGAAGGAACUGGAAAUCUUCAAGCUCGGCACUGUUCUUCUACUGCCACGUCCUCUUAACGAUAAUGGCCCACGUUUGGCCAUAAUUCGCAUGGCCACGUACGAUCCGAGUAAAUACACCUUCCAGGAAGUCAACCGAGCUGGCGGUCUCAUGCAGCAGAUCAUGCUCGAUGAGGAUGAUGAUGCCAUCGUGAACGGUUUGAUUUCCAUUUUGGACCUGUCCAAUGUCACCACGGGCCACUUCCUCCAGAUGACUCCAAGCUUUGCCAAGAAAAUGACCGUGUUUCAGGAGGAGGCACUGCCCCUUCGACCACAGGGCAUUCACUUCAUAAACACGCCCAAUGGAUUUGAGACCAUCUUUAAUAUGUUCAAGCCCAUGAUGUCAAAGAAGCAACAAGGACGUCUCUACGUACAUGGAAGCAAAUGGGAAGCGCUCUUUGAACAAAUUCCCAAGAAAUAUCUGCCUGUGGAAUACGGAGGAGAAAAUGGCUCAAUCCCCGAGCUUAUAAAGGAUUGGGAGAAGCGCAUUCUGGCCUACAAAAAUUACUGGGAGGAGGAGAAGAACUACGGCACCGAUGAACGACUUCGAGUGGGUCAACCCGUCGAUUUCGAGAAUCUUUUUGGCCUACAAGGCUCCUUCCGGCAACUUAAUGUCGACUAAAUCUCUCACUUCUUGCUAGACAUUUAAAAAUAGCUCAGUUGCAGUUCUUAUCUUAAGUUACAAAGGUUUAGAAACUCAAGUACCCAAGUUUAACCUCACUCUAAUCGAUGUUUGAUAAGCAAAGAGAUAAGGCGCAGGAAAACAAACAAACCAUUAAUAAUAAAGAUAGCCAAAUUCGAUGAAUUAAAAGAUAAUCACUGAAAUUAAAUAAACGAAUUUAAAAUUGUAAAUAAUAUAAAACAAAUUUCGAUUUAUUCCAAAUAAAGAUUAAAGAAUAAUAA